AUGAAGUUCCAUUUCGGCCUUCUCCUUCUGCAAUUCAUAGUCUCUAAGGCUGGUACAGUGAACGUUGAAGGCGUCAGAUGCGAGGAGACCCCAGCUGGAGGAAACAGCUCCAAACUGACUGCAGAAUGUUGGAUUCACCCAGAGGCUAAGAUCAUCCCUUGCAUUACUACCUGGGACACUUUACAUUUGGAGAUCAUGGGUGACCAGGACAAAAAAGAGACAGUAUUGCAGCCUUCUCUUUUCUCGCAUUGUGGUCAUCUACGUGUCCUCGCGAUUUGGGACGGCGGUCCACUAUCACGGCUUCAGCGCGAUGUCUUCCAACCGUUAUAUAAUCUGGAACGUCUUGUUGUCCGCUCUAAGAAACUGCAAUUUAUUGAUCGAAACUUCUUACUCUUUCUACCUCAUCUUCAACUGCUCUCGAUUACCGACAGUAAAGCAUUAGAGCGUCUGGGUCAAAAUAUUCUGGAACCCCUUCCUCGUCCGUUGACUACGCUAGAUCUCAGCAACAACCAACUAAUGGACUUACAUCAACUGGGGGCCUUCGGAAAUCAUGUCUUGCACAAUCUCUACCUCCAAAACAAUAAAAUUUCCAGACUCUACAGAGAUAGUUUAUUCGAGUUAUCAGAAUUAAGGCUUCUUCGGCUUUCCGGCAACCAGCUGUCGGGCUCUUUGGAAACCGCACUUGGAAUAAAGUCUCCCGGUGGUGAGUCACCACUGAUUUCAGUGCCAAAACUAGAAAUCCUUGAUCUGGCAAACAAUUACCUUACAGAAAUUUCUGGUUGCCAAUGGGCUGGUGGCUGUGGAGAGCACUCAGUUUUGACCAAACUCCGGGUUCUUAAUCUCGCAAAAAAUCGUCUAACUUGGAUUGAUCCUACGGCUUUUCAGGGUCUCUCUGCUCUCACAGAACUCAGACUAGAAGGAAAUAAUAACCUUUUCCAGGCUGGCAGCCUUCCAGUAGUGCUGUUCUCUCUGACUCAGUUGACCCAUCCUGACUUGAAACAUCUUGCGAUUCCCCAGGAGGUACCUGGCAACGGAGCCAUUGAAAUGUGUGCAAACGAUCCUUUAGUAGGGAGUCGGAUUGUUCUUCGCGCAAUGGAGCAUUUGAGCAAGAACUUUUGUGAGAAGACAUCGCCGUUACCGCUUUCAUUGGAGACAACAGCAGCCCCAACCAUGAAUUUUACGCCUAUGAUCCCGGAUCUUCCUGCCAAUGAAGGUCCCGUUUUCACAUUUAUUCGAAGGACGCAUCGAUGGGUACUGACUAGUAUCGCUAUAGGCCUUCUUCUAACCGGUGUUCUCAUCUCCGCCCUAAUAUUUGUCUGUCUUCACUUUGGACUUCAUUCUGAUCCCCCAAAGGAACAGGAAAUCGCCAAAGAGCCGGUUAAACCUGCCAUUGUUUAUGCACCAUCGAGAAUGUCACUGCAGCAUAUUUACACGCAAGAGGGAUGCUAUCCUGCCUACUUGCCCCUGGCUCGACCUCCACCGGGAGGGAAGAGGCUGAGCCGCCUUAAGAUAAACGGAACCCCUCUAAUAAGGAAUCAGGAGCUGGCUAGACGAAGGAAUGCCUCAAACUCUGUUUAUAGCCUCUUGUCUGCUCCACCAAAUGCAACUGCAGCUUUGGUGGCUUCUUCCAUAAACCUGAUUAAUGCACAACCCACAACAAAGCAUGCUAUUGUGUGA